UCUGGCUCCCGGCUUCCGGUGCUGCUUGAUCCCCCUGGAGUUCCAGGUGAGAGCGAACAGCCCGGGCCCAACGCGCCUGCGUGGCCCCACCCGCCCCGCCAGCAGGGUCUGAGCCCCGGAGGCGCGGAGCCACCCACCCGCACUCCUUUGCGAGGCGCGUCGCCGCGGAGGGUUAUACGCCGAGAGGGGCGGGCCCUCCGGGGGGCGGGGCCUGCGGGGGCGGGGCUCGCCGGGUGUCUUAACGGGGGCGGCCUUACCUCGUUCAGUCGCGCUCCCUGCCAGCUCGCGUCCUAGGCCUCCCAGGCGCCCCCGGCCGUCGCCACCUUCCCCUGCCGGUUCCGGUCCCCGCGUAGUUCCCGCCGCAGCCAUGUCCAAGGAGCCGCGGGCCGGGCAGGGAGAGAUCCUGGAGUGCCAGGUGAUGUGGGAGCCUGACAGCAAGAAGAACACGUUGAUGGACCGCUUCCGGGCUGUCGUGGGCGCCGCCUGCGGCCUGGCGCUGGAAAAUUACGAUGACUUAUACCAUUGGUCAGUUGAGUCAUAUUCAGACUUCUGGGCACAGUUCUGGAAAUUCAGUGGAAUUGUCUACUCACGCAUGUAUGAUGAGGUUGUGGACACAUCGAAAGGGGUCGCAGAUGUCCCCGAGUGGUUCAAAGGCAGUCGUCUGAACUACGCCGAAAACCUGCUUCGCAAAGAGAACGACAGAACUGCCCUCUAUGUUGCACGGGAAGGCAAAGAGGAAAUUGUGAAGGUGACUUUUGAAGAGCUGCGGCAACAAGUGGCUUUGUUUGCAGCAGCAAUGAGGAAAAUGGGUGUGAAAAAAGGAGACCGGGUCGUUGGUUAUUUACCCAAUGGGCUGCAUGCCGUGGAGGCCAUGCUGGCUGCAGCAAGCAUCGGUGCCGUCUGGAGCUCCACAUCCCCAGACUUUGGGAUGAACGGUGUCCUGGACCGGUUUUCCCAAAUCCAGCCGAAGCUCCUGUUCUCCGUGGAGGCUGUGGUGUACAAUGGUAGAGAGCACAGCCAUGUGGAAAAGCUGCAGCAGGUGGUGAAAGGACUCCCGGACUUGAAAAGAGUGGUGGUGAUUCCUUACAUUGCCUCUAGAGAGAAGAUAGACAUUUCCAAGAUCCCCAAUAGUGUGUUUCUGGAUGACUUCCUAGCGACCGGGAGAGGGGAGCAGGCACCUCAGCUGGAGUUCGAGCAGCUGCCCUUCAGCCACCCUCUCUUCAUCUUGUUUUCAUCGGGCACCACCGGGGCGCCCAAGUGCAUGGUGCAUUCCGCCGGGGGCACCCUCAUCCAGCACCUGAAGGAGCACAUUCUUCACGGCAACAUGAGCAGCAGCGACGUCGUCUUCUGUUACACCACGGUCGGCUGGAUGAUGUGGAACUGGCUGGUGUCUGCUCUGGCCACAGGCGCGGCCGUGGUCUUGUACGACGGCUCCCCCCUGGUGCCCACGCCCAACGUGCUGUGGGACCUGGUCGACAGGAUAGGCAUCACCAUCCUUGGGACAGGUGCCAAGUGGCUGUCUGUGCUCGAAGAGAAAAACAUGAAGCCAGUGGAAUCCCACAAUCUCCAGACGCUUCACACGAUCCUGUCCACCGGCUCCCCGCUGAAAGCCCAGAGCUAUGAGUACGUGUACAGGUGUAUCAAGAGCAGCGUCCUCCUGGGCUCCAUCUCAGGUGGCACCGACAUCGUCUCCUGCUUCAUGGGCCAGAAUCCUUCUCUGCCUGUGUACAAAGGGGAGAUUCAGGCACGGAACCUGGGCAUGGCCGUGGAAGCGUGGAACGAGGAAGGAAAGGCAGUUUGGGGAGAGAGUGGAGAGCUGGUGUGCACCAAGCCGUUCCCCUGCCAGCCCACGCACUUCUGGAACGACGAGAAUGGCAGCAAGUACAGGAAGGCAUAUUUCUCCAAAUUCCCAGGUGUGUGGGCACACGGUGACUACUGUAGGAUCAACCCCAAGACCGGGGGCAUCGUAAUGCUGGGCCGGAGUGACGGCACGCUCAACCCCAAUGGAGUGAGAUUUGGCAGUUCAGAAAUCUAUAACAUCGUGGAAGCCUUUGAGGAGGUGGAAGACAGCCUCUGCGUCCCCCAGUACAACAAGGACCGGGAGGAGAGGGUGGUCCUCUUCCUGAAGAUGGCUCCCGGGCACGCCUUCCGGCCCGACCUGGUGAAGCGCAUCCGAGACGCCAUCCGCAUCGGCCUGUCGGCCCGGCACGUACCCAGCCUCAUCCUGGAGACCAAGGGCAUCCCGUACACCCUCAACGGCAAGAAAGUGGAAGUGGCGGUAAAGCAGGUCAUCGCUGGGAAGGCCGUGGAGCACCGAGGGGCCUUCUUGAACCCUGAGACCCUGGAUUUGUACCAGCACAUCCCCGAGCUGCAGGGCUUCUGAGUGGCCAGUGGGCAGCCUCGCCGCGACACGCGUCGGCACCAUGACGGCUGUGUGGCCAGGAAAUUGCUUAGACACCCGCAGCUCUUUGGAGCAGAUGUGCACCAAUGUCUGUGGGCUUGGGGAGGUCAUUUGUCUCGUCUCUGGGGACUGCCGCACGCAUGAACAGGAUCCUGGCCUGGAGGUGGUGGGGGCCCUGGGGCGUGUGUGGCCGUCUGUGCGGGUACGUGUCUGCACACGCGCUCUGGCGUGCACGCACAUGGGGACCUGGGUCUGCCUGUGUGUGCACGUAGGGUGCUGGCUGGCCUUCUGGUGACAGUUACACCCCCAGGAGCCGUCAUGUCCUCACAUCCUCCCUGUCCCCACGUCACUCUGCCAAGCUGCACAGCUCUUUCUUCCCUUUACUUUGGUCUCUGGCUCUGGCCGUCGUCCCUCGGGCCACGUGUUACAAGGGCACCCGGUGUGACUUCCUUCACAGCAUCUUCUUGUAGCUGGUUGUCAGGACCCGGUGGCUGACCGCCGUGCGUCGUCUGUGUGACAGAGGGAGCACAUGCAGUUCCUGCUGGAAUCCUGUGUCACCCCCCAAAUGGCACUGCCCAGCGGACGGAUAGUUCCCUCUGGAGGACCAGUGGGUUUCAUGCUUUAAUAGAGCUCUUUCUCUCACGGACUUUGAAUGGUGUAGAAAUCUUUAAUGUGAGUUGUCUGUGGUAUUUGAAGAACUGGAUGUCCACCCUGUGGGCGGCCCCCCAGGCAGCAGGUCGCCGAGGGUCCUCUGGGGACGUUGCCCCGCUGCAGGCCUCCCCCCAAGGGGACUCCUCACGUCGAGAUGGUGUCAUGAGUGCCUAGCCCUCGCGUCACCGGUCUGGUGGGCGGUUGGUGUGUUCUCCUCAGUUCAGUCCCUGUGUUCCUACUGUCCAUUUUUGUAUUUUUUAAAACUGAGCACAAUGCCAUACUUUUUUGAAUCCCUUUUCUUCUGGAUUAUAAAAAUAUUGGGGGGAAAGUGCCCCGAGGGCUUCACUGCAAUAAAACAUACAUGUCCA